AUGAUCUGCUCAAAACGUAUAUGAACAAGGGGAGGUAGAGGAAAAAAAGCGGCGACCAGAGUAAACAAGUUUCUCUGUUGCGUCAUCUUUCCGGCGAAAAUUAUCACCUUUUUGCCCUAAAUCUCACCGUCACUCUUCAAGUUUCUCUCUUUCUCAACCGAUUCAACUCCUUCCUCUCACUCGUUACGGUGAAGCCCUUGCUGUCUCCAUUCUCUUUAACGGGUGUGGGAAGAAAAAUCUCCGGUGAAGAGUUGGACUUUCUUAUUGAUUCUCGGGUUUUGCUUGGGAUUUGUGAUUCUAUCUGAGCUGUGAUUAGGGUUUGUAGUCAGUUUCGCCAAUGGCUCCUGGGCGUAAAAGAGGAGCGAACAAAGCUAUGGCGAUAGGAGAGAUGAGAUUGGGUGAUCUCGUUCUUGCUAAAGUUAAAGGAUUCCCUGCUUGGCCUGCUAAGAUCGGCCAGCCUGAAGAUUGGAAUCAAGCACCAGACCCAAAGAAACACUUCGUUCAGUUUUACGGAACAGGGGAAAUAGGUUUUGUUACGCCUCCUGAUAUUCAACCCUUCACUAGCGAGACAAAGAAGAAACUGUCGGCAAGAUGUCAAGGUAAAACAGUCAAGUACUUUUCCCAAGCCGUGGAGGAAAUCUCUGCUGCGUUUGAAGAGUCGCAGAAGCAAAAGUCAGAUAUAGUAGGCAAUGAGGCUCUUUUGAAUGCUGUUGAACCUAGUGUGACGAAGCCUAAGUAUUUGAAUCAAGCUAGUAGUGAUGGAAAAUCUGAUAAGUUUAGUUCUAGGGCGGAUCCUUGUCUUGGUAAAUUAGUUGAGAAUAAUGGUGCAGAGAUAAAUCCUGAUGUAGGAGAGCAAGAUUCAUCGAUAUCAAAUAACAGAAACACAUCCCCAAGUAGUGAGCCAGUGGAGCAUGGAUCACCUGACCCUAUUUUAAAGGUAGCAGUUGAUGAUAAGAUUGACAAUGUCACUUGCACUGACCAUAGUGAUGGUACUGGAAAUAAUUUAGUCAAUGAUCAGAGGAUAAUCAGGAAGACAACAGAUGACUCGAAUAAAAGAUGUAAAGAUGAGGUUAGAGCCAAACGUGUGCCUGAUAGUCGAGCUGCUACAGACAAUCAUAUCCUUGGUCCUAAUCAGAAAUUAAAGGGCAGUAUAAAGGGACAAGAUCAUGGCAGUAAAAAGGGACAAGAUCAUGGCUGUAGAAAAGAAUCUUCUGACAGUAAGGUGGUUACGGAUCUUAACAUUGCCAGUUCUAAAAAGCCAAAAGAAUUGCUGAAAGAGAAGAAAAAGAGGUUUGAAAAUGAACUAGGAAAGUCUGCAUCAGGAGCAGAUGAAAGUAAACGUGCUGCUAAGAGGCCACGGUCUGAAGAUGCGAAGGAUCAAAAACAAUGUAAGAGCAAACGUCUUGUUCCUGUUGGUGAAGGCAAGGCUGAAAUAUCUGAUUCUACUGGCGUUGUAUCAAUUUUUAAGCGUGAGAUUGUGUUAGGGAUAAGUGCCCUGGGAGGAAAAAAUCAAUUUGAUAAGGACAUGGUCGCUUAUACAAAGCGCCGGAAACAGACAGUGGAGCACACAAGUGUUUCCUCUUUUCCUGGGUCUCUCGUUAAAGAGGGGGCAAAUCACCCUGAACAGAAGAUAAGUUCAUCUUCUGAUAGCGAUAUCAAGGUUCAAGCUGCUCAGCUGCCGAAGAGACGGAGGGCGGUUUGUAUCUAUGACGACGAUGAUGAUGAUGAAGACCCAAAGACUCCAGUGCAUGGAGGACUUAGCAAUAUUCCCAUAGCUUCUACUGAUGCUCCUAAAAGUGCUAAUGCGUCCCAUAAUACUUCUAUUAAAGCAAAACUAUUAGCUGGAUCUACAGACAGUGUGAAAACAGGGAAAGUACCUCUGUAUAAACAUAACAAGGAUGCUUCACUUGCACUACCUGAUAGCGUGGAAGGAUAUAACUCACGUAUGGGAAAACCUUUCAAGGCGUUGCUCCAAAAGAACAUCAAGCCGAUCUUAAGAUCUCCUAAGAAUUCUUAUCAGCUGGUUUCAUUUAAGAAACAGGUGACAGGACAAAAUAAAACUGCAAAAGUCGCUGGUGCAGGAAUGCCAGAUAGUGUGGAGGGCCCUUCAAACAGCUCCUAUAUGGGUAAACCAGUCAUCAAAUUGCCCCCACAGAAUGUCAAGCAGACCUUGAGAUCUCCUAAGAAGUCCCCUCAGUUGUUUUCAACCAAGGAGCUGGUGGCAGUACAGAAUAAAAUUGCAAAAGUCUCUGGUGCGGGCAUACCAAAAAAAUAUCAUGGUGAUUCUUCCAAGGACGUAGUGGCUGGUUCUGAUAGAGUAAGCUCUUCUCAUUCUCAGACAGCAAACCAGAGAAGCAAACCAGCUUUUGGAGAAAAGCCAACUAGCACUCCGAAAGUUGCAACUCGUCUGGAUGUUGAAGUGUCAAGGGACACUUUUGUGAACUUGUCUGCUGACGUGAUUGAUGUCAAUCAAGAAAAUGGAAAUGCCCCAUUGUUCAGUUUUGGGAUGUCAGAUUCUUCUUCUUCAUGUAUGAAGGAUCUAAUUGCAGCUGCCCAGGCAAAAAGAAAACAAGCACAUUCACAGUUUUCACCGUUUGUGAAUCUAGACCAUAAUUCCCUUAACAUCGAUUCGAUGCAGACGAGUAAAAGCCCUUUCAUGGUUCAGAAUGUUUCAUCUCCUGCUGCCGAUGCCACGCUGAUUGUUGCUCAGGAACAUCAAGAAGUUUUGACUCCGUCAAAUCAUGGCCGCCAGUCCUCAUCAAGUAACCAAGCUGGGACUGAAGAGAACGAAGAGAGAAGGUUUAGUUCAGGGCAUAGGUCAGUUGGGGGUUCACUGAGUGGUGCCACUGAGGCUGCGAUUUCUCGAGAUACUUUUGAGGGAAUGAUAGAGACUUUAUCCAGAACUAAGGAAAGUAUUAGACGUGCAACACGCGUUGCAAUUGAUUGUGCCAAGUAUGGGAUUGCCAAUGAGGUUGUGGAACUUCUAAUUCGAAAGUUGGAAAUUGAGCCUCAUUUUCCCCGUAAAGUGGACUUGUUCUUUCUCCUUGAUUCGAUUAUCCAGAGUUCACAUAGCCAAAAAGGUAGAGCGCGCUCUUUGUAUAUUCCUACUGUUCAGGCAGCCCUUCCACGCCUUCUAGGUGCUGCUGCUCCUCCAGGGACUGGUGCUCGUGAAAAUCGUCAUCAAUGUCGCAAGGUGUUGAGGUUGUGGCUUAAGAGGAAAAUUUUCCCAGAUUUUCUUUUGCGUCGUUAUAUUGGUGAUCUUGGUGCUUCUGGUGAUGAUAAAACCGUUGGGUUUUCCCUACGACGUCCUUCUAGAUCUGAGCGUGCUGUAGAUGAUCCUCUAAGGGACAUGGAAGGGAUGCUUGUUGACGAGUAUGGGAGCAAUGCAAAUUUUCAGCUGCCAGGGUAUUUAGCUUCUCUUACUUUUGGAGAUGAUGAAGAAGAGGAUCUUCCAAGCACAUCACAGGAAGUUAAAAACACACAUAUGGAAGUUAAAAUCACACACAUGGAAGAGCCAGUCCUUGCUUUAGGCAAGUUAGAGGCACAUGAUAGUUCAAGUGAUAAACCUCACUGUGUAGUGGAUGUUAAUGGUGGGCUUGAAAUGGAAGAUGCGUCUUGUCAGCUGAAAGAUGAUGUCUGUGGGAUUGAAGCGAAAGAGGACUCACCGGCUACAACCUGUGCAACUGAGCUUCCUUCUUUUCCAGCGGGUUCUCCUCCUCUACCUCACGAAUCGCCUCCAUCUCCCCCUCCUCAACCCCCUUCUUCCCCCCCACCCCCAUCAUCUCCACCGCAACUGGCACCAGCACCACCUCCCUCUGAUCAUUGUUUACCUCCACCAACAGCUCCAUUGGCACCUGCACAAUCUAUCGCUCUACCACCAUCAUCAAUAACUCGACCGUCCAUGCCUAGCCAUCCUUCAUUACCACUUCAACCAGGAUUCGCUCCCCCAGCAUAUCCACUAUUGCAACAUGAAUACCAGAUAUCUAUGCAGCGGGAUCAUUCUAGCAUUGCCACUAGUAAUCAAAUUGCCCCAGUGCCCGUAAACGCUGCACAUGGAAGGCAUGCUGAUGGGGGUGUAAAAUCUGAAUAUUUAAUGCCGCAGUCAUCUUCUUUUGCUCCGGUAGGGAUGUGCAGCUAUGGGGAACCUUUGCCAUUUAUUUCCUCCAAGCAACUAGAAUAUGGAAAUAGCGACGUGCUUUUUAAACAAGAAGCGUCUUCACAGAACCAACAGCUUCGGCCAAUCAAUACCUCUUUUCUUCAGAGACCUAUGAUUAGGAAUCUUGCCCCAGCACCAUCCAGCCAUUUUCCGCUUCCAUGUCGAAUUGUUCAAUCUGAACCCCAGCGGUCCUCCUUUCCACAUCCUUACCAUUUUCCUUCCCAGCCAGUUGAUGGGCGACAACAUAUGAAUGAGGAAUGGCGGAUGCCUCCAAAUGGAUGUAGUGCAGAUCCUCAAUAUGGAGCCUGGAUAGGUGUAAGAAACCCAUUUCCAGGCUCUCGUACAGUUACCGACGGUGUCUUUCAGCCACCUCCAGAAAGACCACCUUCGGGGACAGUGAGGUAUCAGCUUGCUGCUAAUAACUUACAAGGUGGCUCUACGAUUUCAGGUAAUAUUGCUUCGCAGAUGCUUCUGUCUCGACCAGAUGUACCUUCCGCGGCUCAGUACAGGCCAUCCUGAAGUUAAGUUCGAAAUCGAGAACCUGCAUUCUCUUCCAUGAAGGACUUUUUGGCGGUAUAUUCACAUCCAGAGGCAUCAAAAGUUCAAAACUCUGCAGACUAUUGUCAGGAUAUUGCUAUAUAUUGUAAUUGUUCCUGACGAAUGUAUCACCGGAUCAUGUUCUUCACAGUAUAUGCCCUAGGUUCUAAUUUGGUUGUCUAGCUUGAAAGCCUUAGCAGGAACAAUGACGGAUGCAUUUCUAAGCAAUUGCCACUCCAUUGAGCCAGUUUUACAAGAAUAUCCGUAUCGUUAUUUUGCGCACUGCUUAUCCAGAGUUUGUUGAGGAGGACUUGAGGUUUACACGUUUGGACUUGGAUUGGUGGAGAUGAGUGUCUUGGUUGGACAAAGUUUUGGCGUAAUCUCAAGGGUAUUGGGAAAUUUUGUGGAACCGGAGGAGAGUUCCAAAGUGAUUGGGAACUAAGUGAGGCUUAGAAGCUUAUGAUUGGUUCUCUGAAGUCUGCAGCGACAGCCAAAAUCACCACCGCUUCUGCUACGAACAUGUUAAGCCAUCCUUUUAACCGUUGCUGCCACCACUAUUACGGCCAUCACAAGAAAAUUCAUGCAAGUGGAAACGGUGAUAGUAGCAGCUGGUAUGACACGUUGGUAGCAGUAGCGGUGGUAAUGCCGAUAGCGUGAGCGGCAAUGGAAGCAUUGGUGGUGUCAGAAGCAGUCAUCAACGGGGACUUUCUAUUUUUGUAUCAUGUC